AUGCAAUUGAAAAGAGUUCCCAUAUUUCCUACAAAAUUAGAUAAAGUUGGAGCGGUUGGAUCUGGUAGACAACAAAAUCAGUGGCGAAGUACCAAACUGGAUGUGGAAUUAAGUAAGGAAACCCUGACAUUCUUGGACAUUUCGACAAACUUCUUUUCAGGAGAACUUCUAGCUGUCAUACCCUGGGUUAAACUACAAUGCUUGAGGCUUUCGUUCAACAGUUUUCAUGGACGAUUACCGAUCCCUCCACCAUCCCUUCUAGAAUAUGGAGAGACCAACAACAAAUUUAGUGGAGAAAUUUCACCAUUUCUUUGCAAUACGAGUUCUCUUCUAUACCUUGACUUGUCGAAAAAUAACUUGAGUGGCGUGCUUCCUCAGUGUCUCGGAAACUUUAGUGAAGAUCUAAUCCUUUUACUUCUUGGAAGCAACUCUUUUCAUGGCAUGAUGCCUCAACCAUUCAACAAUAGAAGCAGUUUGAGGAUGAUUGAUGUUAGUCAUAACCAAUUGCAGGGGCAAUUACCAAGGUCAUUGGCGAAUUGUGUGAUGCUUGAGUAUCUGGUUCUGUCAAAUAAUCAAUUCAGUGAUGUUUUUCCCAUUUGGUUGGGGACUCUCCUAGAGUUAAAACUUUUGGCAAUGCGCCAUAAUCGCUUCAAAGGUGUAAUAGGACAAUCUAGAACAAAUGAUGACUUCCCCAAGUUAUGCAUUCUUGAUUUGUCUGACAACAAUUUCAAGUGA